AUGUCGAACAACUUGAUUGCUGUUGUCCCCAUCCUCGACGGCUCGAACUGGUCGCUCUGGUCCCAACAGAUGAAGGCGUACCUCAUGUCCCAAGGCCUUUGGGGGCAUUGUGACGGUACAAUUAUUAUGCCUGACCCUGUUGUAACCACCUCCAAGGAUGGCAGUACCAACGCCUGGAGACUGAAUGAUACCAAGACCAUCGGUACAAUUCGUCUUCAAUGCUCCCCUGCCGUUGCCACCCUUAUUCAAGACAAGACAAUGGCUAAAGAAACCUGGAAGGAGCUCAGCUUCACGUAUGGUAUCUCAUCUCUUGCCUCCAUCUAUAAUGAACUGCGUGGGGCCCAGACCAUCCCUAACUGUCUUCAGGGACUGAUCUGCCUCAAUGCGCUCCCUCCUCGGUAUGACUCUGUUGUUCAAGUCUUAGUCCAGGGAUCGACAUCGACGAUGGGCUGUCGUCACUGCCUGGGAGCAAUCCCAGUACAAGAAGACAACACAGCUAGGUGCACAUAA